CGUGCAGUGAACAUACCUACUGACAUCAGCAGCAUCAAUCUGGGACAAGAAACUGCAUCGGCUCACGUGCUUGCAAAAACUACGUUUGCACUUAAUAUGAAGAAACUGCAGCGUGGUAUUACGCAAACAUAGAAUAAUUUAGUAUAAAUAGCUUGUAAAAAGUGUAAAUAAAUCUCUUUGAUCCUGGACAUCGUGGCUGUAUCAUUUGAGUAUAAGGUUUUCCUCUCACUGUUGGUAGCAGUGAGAAAAUCCUUUCCAUUACCCAUUUCCUUCCCUAUCCGUCUGUACCUUAGGUCUCAUGGUGCAGAUAUCCUGUACUUAUUAAAUAUAUGUAUUAUUAAUUUAUAGUUAGGGCUAGGGCUGUAGGGAUGUGUAGGGUUGUUUAGGGUGCUAGGGCACUUAGGUUGGAUAGGCUACAGUUCUCCCCUUAACUUCUUGGUAAGAUCACUUCCUGAUUUUACAUUUGGUCCUUCGAAAAAUUUGAAUCAGUUUGAGUUAGGUAAAAUCGCGGUCCUCUUGUCCCUGACAUAACUUUGACUGACUGACACUUUGGAGAGCUGCAUGCUGGUGUACUCAAACAAGCACCAGUAUUGUGGUAAUUCGAAGUACUUAGUAGGUAUUGCUUUCAGAGAAGGUACCCGUACAGUAGCAGAUCGGUUGCUGGCCUCCCACAAGCGGGUUCAACCAGUCAAUUGAGAAGUUGCGAUACUGUAUGCGAGGGCGCUGAGAGCAGUACUUGCUGACGUCGUAGGGCGAUAGGAGUAGGUUAGGGAAAGUAGGAACUUCAAGAAAGAAGAAAGAAGACCGGAACACACAAUGGCUUUGACCAUCGACGAGACCAACGCUUUAAUCAAGAACCAAGAAGACAACUAUGAAGAAAUUAGAAGGAUUUGGGAAAACAUCAAACAAGACUCAACAGCCAGGAAGACACAAAAAUAUGUGGACGAACGAAAAUCCAAUUUGGACAGUAUUUAUCAAAGAGCAUUCGACCGACGGUUGCAGGAGCAAGAGGUGUUGUCCUCGCAUAAAUACCUCACUCUCAACCACAAAAUAUCGACAAGCGAAUGGAAGAAUGUUACGCGACAUGCAUUUAGAGGAUCCCAUACUAAGCCAUCGAAAAUGGGACUCGACGACGAGGCGACGACGACGACGACGACGACGACGAGAGUUAGACGAGCCAAACAAGAUAGAAAUAUUCAGUAACAUGAUGAAGUUUUUGAAAACGAGAUUCAAAAGCUUAGAGUAAAAUAUACCACAGUGUAAACCGACCUUUACAGUGACACCGAACCAUAACAAAAACUAAGUGACUCGGCAAAUCAUCAGA